AUGGGUUUAUCGCUGCGACUGUUGUUUGCGAGAGUAUUCGUGCUUACACAGCUCAUCCAUGGAGCUUUGUGUUGGGGUAAAGAAGGUCACUACGCCGUUUGCAAAAUCGCCGAGGGAUACUUUGAGGAAGAAACUGUAGCUGCAGUGAAGAAACUUUUACCUGAAUCUGCUGAAGGAGAUUUAGCAUCUGUUUGUUCAUGGCCUGAUGAAAUCAAGCACCAUUGGCAAUGGCGAUGGACUAGUCCUUUGCACUAUGUUGAUACACCUGAUUACAGAUGCAACUACGAGUAUUGUCGGGAUUGCCACGAUACUCAUAAGCAUCAAGACCGGUGUGUGACAGGAGCGAUUUUCAAUUACACGAUGCAACUUAUGUCGGCUUCUAAAAACACGCGGAAUAUAGUUCACUAUAACUUGACAGAAGCUCUCAUGUUUUUAUCACAUUAUAUUGGAGAUGUCCAUCAGCCCUUGCAUGUGGGCUUUCUGGGAGAUGAAGGCGGAAACACGAUAACAGUCCGCUGGUAUCGUCGCAAAACAAAUUUACACCAUGUGUGGGAUAACAUGAUAAUUGAGUCUGCUCUUAAAACGUACUACAAUAAAAGUCUACCACUCAUGAUUCAAGCACUGCAAACCAAUCUUACGCACGGCUGGUCAAAUGAUGUUCCGGCGUGGGAGUCAUGUCAACUUAACCAAACAGCCUGUCCAAAUCCGUAUGCAUCUGAAAGCAUAAAUCUGGCCUGCAAAUAUGCUUACAGAAACGCUACCCCAGGGACUACUUUAGGAGAUGACUAUUUCCUCUCUCGGUUACCCAUUGUAGAGAAGAGACUUGCACAAGGCGGGAUUCGUUUGGCGGCAACUCUUAACCGAAUCUUUUCUUCAAAACCCAAGUUCGCUAAAGCAUGA